AUGGAGAAAGCAGCAAGCUUCCAUUUCUUCUGCCUUCUGCUGGUUGCCAGCACUUUAUUUGAGACCACAGAAGCAUUUGUCUUCAGUGCCUCUCUAGAGCUGGUCUAUUUCAACAGCACCAGCAACACCACUGUCACCCAGCAGUGCAACUGUGGCGUCUAUGGCUCAGGAUCUCCUUGCCGUAGCGCCUCAGGGAUCGUGGCCAUUCCUGCCUCCGGCAGCCUUCAAGCCUGCGCCCCAGACACCCAGUUCAGCGCCAGCCACCGGCCCUGGAUCGCGCUGAUCCCAAGCGGCAGCUGCAGCUUUGCUGACAAAAUCCGGGUGGCAGCCAGACGGGGAGCGGCGGCCGUUGUGAUCUACAACACGCAGGGCAAAGGCAACGACGUCUUCCCCAUGAAGCAUCUUGGUGAUGAAAACAUCAUUGCCAUUAUGAUUGGGAACCUGACAGGGACAGAGAUCUUACACCACAUCGAGAGCGGCCUGAGAGUGACCAUGGCUAUAAAAGCAGAGAAGACACAUCGUCUCUCGAUGCUCCAAUACACCCUCAUCAUCACCACUGUGGUUUUUCUCACAAUUGAAGUAUCAGCCCUGUACAACUACAUUCGUUAUUACUUUCAGAGAGGCAGGAUUGCGACGGCCCUGUCUGACAGUCAGGUGGACAUAGAAGCGGCCGAGCAAGCCAGAGGAUCCAGUGGCACAGAAAAUGUCUCCGCAGUUGAUGAAGUGGGUGACGUUGGUGGAACUGCACCAUCUGAGCAGGCUGCUGUACAAGCAGGAGAUGAACACGUGGCGGAGGAAGAGGCACCACGUGGGAGAACUGGAUCCUGAGGAGGAUCCAACAGCAGGGCGUAGGCCUUCGGCAAGGAGCAGCCUGCUGCCAUACGUGGGUACCAAACCCUGACAGAUUAGUUGUAAAUAGUUCCUAACUUAUAUCCAGUUAGAAUAUUUAAAUAAAGCUUUGUUUUGUUGAGUCUCCUUGGAGCACUGUGCAACAG